GCCGAUGACCUACACAGGUGAAAAUUGUGUCAUCUCUUCAGGAAUGUCACCCAAACUAUCGGAUAAAUGAGUUCACACCGGGCAGAAAUACCCAGAUCUGGCGAUGUGAACCAGGCCUUUCUCACAGUCACACAAUUCACGUGAAAAUUUUAGUCUGAAUCGGCGUUAAACGAACGAAAAGUUGAAGGCGUCAGUCUCAAAAGUUCGAGCUGUGAGUCAUUUUCGCUGGGUUUUUUUCAACAACAACAACAAUGGGCCAAGCUCCGAAGCCGUACAGAGGGAACGUCUGCGCCAGGUUUUUAGCGGCGAAGUUUUUAGCGUUUCCUGCAAUUAUCAUGCUGCUCGCUACGCUGGUGAACAUAGUAGCUCUGGUGCUACCAUACUGGUUCAACGUGAAGUCUACUUUUGGAAUAGAUGGUCCCAAACAAUCCGUGUCCUAUGACACCCUGGGACUGUUCUUGUACAAGAAGAACGGCCAGCACACAGUGUACGACAAAGCCGGUCUGAGGGAACUGAACAGGGUGCAAAAGGCGUCCAAUGCCAUGCUGGUACCAGACGCCUUUAAGGUUGCCCAGAUCUUGUGGCUCCUGGGGACGACAGUGGGUGGUGCGACGUGUGCUGGACUGUUCAUCGUGGCGAUCAGCCCUUACCUCCACCUGGUAGCGGAGAUUGGAUUGGCUGCGGCAGUGUCAGGAGCAGGUAUUUCCCUGGCAGCCAGCGUCCUACUCUCCCUGGGCUCUCUGUGGUCAUCGUGUAGUAACAACUGGUGUACCAACAUGUGGCGGAAUACCACAGUCAGUCUGGAGUCGCUCACCUGGGGAUUUUUCAUUGCCAUUAUCGGCGCAGUCAUGACCCUCGCCAGCGCCGUCCUCCUCUGGAUGCAGUUCUGUCGCACCCUCCGGGCUGUAGAGUACGUGCGGAGCACCCCAUACCACCCGUUGGAUGAUGAGACCGUCUACCGCCAGUAUGACUACCGCAAGACCGUAAAGCCUAUGGUAGACCUCUACCGGCCAGCCCCUCCCAUGGUUACCCUGCCCCAGAUGAGAGAUGACGAUCAUGGGUUCCCUGGGGUGGUGCUGAGCGAACCACCCCCCAGUUUCAAACCAUACAGCUCCAAUCUCUCCCCAGGAUUGCAUGGCAGUUAUGGGGGCUCUCAAGAAGUGUCGUUUUAGAGUGGGUGGUAGGAAAAGUCAUUAAAGGCAAAGAAAACACUCAAAUAUACAUCAGAUGAAAGACAAUUCCAGAAAAUACUUUGAUUUAUUUCUUUAGAAUUAUUCCACCAGAUGAAAGUAGUAUUAAAACAUCGCAUUAUAUGGUGGUCUGUUGUGAAGCAGAGGGUGUGAGAGAUAUCACAUGUAUAUAUUUUUGUUUCAAAUAGCUGGUUUCAAGGUCUAUUCAGCAAAUCUGUUCAUAAAUCUGUGCAUAUACAUGUUUAAUGAUGAAAUGUGGCAGUCUGUGUGGAAAAUGGCAAAAACCUGAUCUGACGUCACUGGCCCCAAUAUUGCCAGAAAAGGCCACACCGUAGGAUCCAGAUUUUCAAAUGUAUUUUACUGGGUUGAAAAAAUUUUAAAGAAUUAAAUCAGACUGUUUUUAUGUACAGUGUUUUCUUUGCCUUCAAACCUCACAGUUGAAGUGUUUCAUGUGAUGCCUAAGUUCAUACCUUUCUUAGCAAAAGUGCAAAUAAUUUCCAUCUUUUACUCUGAUGAAAUAUUCUUCUGCAAGAAAAACAUGCUCCCAUAUAUAGCUAGAGAUUAGUUCAAAAGAAAUUAGGGUUGCUUAGUUGCCAGGUUUUGAGAAGCAUAAUUUUGUAGGUUAUCUAAGACAUGCAUAUAUUUUGGAGUGCCGGGAUUUCGUUAGAUUCUCUUCCCUGAAAUGCAGAAAUUGGCUGUCAGAACAUGUAGCACGUGGAACACUUCUCUCUGAUUCUUGAGGUACAUAUACGCAAACAAAAGGCCCAGGUUAGGGAGCUUUGUGUUUGGAAAGCCUACACAAAACAUUCAACUUUCAAAUUCAUUGGUCCUUUUAACAGCCCAUUAUGAGACAAGGCAGGAAAAUUGUUAUUUUAUAGGCUUGUCCAUUUGAAUCAUUCUGAAUUUUGAUCUACAAUUUUCAAACAAAUAAUUUUUGUUGUCCUUUAAUAUAUCAUGGCAUCGUUGGGGUCUUCAUCAGUGAAUGCAUUCAGUAGCAGAUGUUGUAUUUGUGUUCACCUGGUCUACAUUUAAAUCCUAAGCCAAUUCAACCACCAUCAUGCUAUCUUUUGUGGUGUACAUGAAUUAGAAGAGUGCUCUGUUAUAUGAACAGGUAAACAGGAUAAGUCAGCAUACAGGACCAAUAAAUUUGAAUCUUCAAAAUGAUAUCAAAUAUGUCUUUUAAUUUUAUAUCAAGUUAUAAUACUUUCUCUGCAUGGCCGGGUGUUUGGAGGAUUUAGAAUAUUGUAAGUAUACCAGUGCUGAUACUAGAAGUUUGAAAGGGGCAUCAGCGAUUAGUAGCUAAAAUUAAACCAGUUUCAUUCCAAUACAUACAGAACCGUCAAACAUAUCAUAUUAUAUUUUAUUAUGGACAUUUAUUGUUUUCCCUCCUUUUAAAUAUUGGUGCCAUUCCAUUCAAUUUUGUUUCCUUUUAUAAGCUCACAGAGUACCUUCUAUUGGUUUGUCAGCAGAGACCAGAAUGACUACAACUCACAACCAGGAGAUAAUUCACGCAGAUGUAAAAAUAAAUACCUGUUUCUACAAAAUAAGUACAUGUAAACAGUUCACAUACUUUUUUGAGCAAAAGGAAAGACCAGACUAUUGAAUCUACCGCUAUUUUGUAAAAAUUUGGGCCAUGAAUAAAAUAGGAGAUCGGCAUUACGUAAAACUUGAUGUAUAUAUGAACAUUCUGUUUCGGCCUGUGCACAUUGAAGCAUAUUUAGCAGAACAUAUUGAAUUUAUUACGUUACUCAAUCCAUACCAAGUGCGAUGACCAUAAUUAUCAUGUAAAAUACGAUUUAACAUGUUUAUACCACUCCCUGUUUAUAUGGAGGCGAUGUUAACAAAGUAUUUUGUUGCAUUAUACCAUCAUGAUUGUACAUUUCAAUACCUGUAUGUUCAUUAAACGAUGAUAAAUGAACGAAAUAAGAAAUUAAAAUUGAUCUUAAGAUUCUGCAUGUGUAUCAUGUCAAUGUUUUAUCCAUAUCACAGUUUAACCUGUAUUUUAUCAUUUUUUCUUAGGUCAUGUUAUUGUUGUCAAGAAACACAUUCAGCUUGCAUCUAAUGUAGUGGCUAUGGAAGCUGUACAUAAUCUUAAUUUAGUGUGGCACGCAAAAUAUUUGAUAAUAAAACAAAGUUCUUAUA